UAGCUCACGCUGCACAACUCAUUUCGGCACAAUACGCUCAAAAUUUGGAGUGUGAGAAAAAAAAGCGCACAAAAUCGGAACUAUCCGACAACAAUAGCCAAGAACAUAAGCAAGAUGAAUCUGCUGCGUGAACUGCGAACAUCGUUCAACGAAUUCUUCUACCAGCAUUAUCCAUUCAUCUCGAUCUGCUGUUGCUUUGUGAGUCUAUUAACCGCUUAUUUGCAGUACGAGUGGAAGGUGCACAACUACGAUCUGAUGUCGUGGAAGCAGCUGAGUGAAGCGUGCUAUGCCACAAGCACCGCGGACAUUGAUUUCUUUCAGCUUUGCGUGCUGCUCACUAUACUCUGUAUCAAUGUUGUGUUUGUGGGUUUGAUUGUUGCUGCCUAUGUGCAUCCUUUGGGCCAACGUCGCAGCACCGAACUCACGCUGCUUGAGAUCAAGGAUCGCUUCUCGCGUUUUAUUUUACUCCGUUUGAUUGCGCGCCUCGAUCGCAUUCAGAGCAAAAUGUCAGCGAAACGCAAGACUUUGAAUUUCCAUCAAGUAGCGAGGGCGCAUCACAGCAUGGUCAAGGCGGUAGCCGUGUUUCGUAAAGAUGCGCGCAAGCUGCUCCUGCCCAACGAAUCGGAGAUCAUGCAGCCCAUCGAGGACAUCUAUGGCGUUGCCGAUGACGAGGAGCGCGCUCUGCGACGCGAAGGCUACUACAAGCUGACCAUCGACAUCACCGAUGCCACCGUCAAGAGUCUCUUCAAUGCGCAGUAACGCAAACUGCUGCAAACUUUAGGCAAACAAAUACAAAUACAAAUAAAUAACUUCAAAAU